AUGUCAACUUAUUGCGAAUCAGUACUUUCUGAUUUAUCUGAUUCAUCUGAUUUAUCAGAAACUAGUUCUACUAUAUCUACAAACUUGAAGGUUGAAAUGACAAAUAUAGAGCUUAAAGAAGGCAAAUUAUAUGCUACUCAUGAUGAUUUUAUUACAGCUAUUAAAGACUAUGCAAAAAGUUUAGGAUUUAGUAUAAGUAAUGAAGAAAUAUUAUUUUAUGUCGAGAGAGUAGUCAAAUCUUUAACUGAAUUACAAAUAAAUCAUCCAGUAGGUUCUAUUUUACAGAAUGUGGAUAUUCCAUCUGAAAUUUUACUAUCUAAUUAUCCUCCGUUUAGGUUUAUGUACUAA